ACCUCCCCUCUCUAAAACCCUAACCCUCUCCAUCCCCCUUCUCCUCCAUCCACCAUCCGCCAUGGCCUUCUCCUCCCUUUCCUUCGCAAACCCUAACCCUAAUCCCAUUUCCUCCUCCUUCUCCUUCUCAAACCCUAACCCUAACCUUAAGCUUCUCCCUUCGAUCCUCCUCCUCUCCAAGCCAUGCAUCUCCUCUUCCUCCUCCUUCUCAUUUUUCUCUCGCCGAUCCCUCUGGUCGCCAUCCUUCGCACGCCCUCUCCUCGCUGCUCGCUGCUCCAUUCGCCCCCGCCCGGCCUACAUCCCCAACCGCAUCGAUGACCCUUCCUACGUCCGCAUCUUUGACACUACUCUUCGCGACGGGGAACAGUCCCCUGGCGCCACCAUGACCUCUGUGGAAAAGCUUGCCGUCGCUAAACAACUCGCCCGUCUCGGCGUCGACAUCAUCGAGGCUGGCUUCCCCGCGUCCUCGCCUGACGACCUUGAUGCCGUCCGCUCCAUUGCAAUUGACGUCGGUAACAACCCUGCCGAUGAGAGCGGCCAUGUGCCAGUGAUUUGUGGGCUCGCUCGGUGCAAUAAGAAAGAUAUUGAUGCUGCAUGGGAGGCCGUGCGGCAUGCAAAGAGGCCGCGGGUGCAUACGUUCAUUGCUACUAGCGAGAUUCACUUGAAGUAUAAGCUGAGGAAGUCUCAGGAGGAGGUCGUGAAGAUCGCGAGUGAAAUGGUGGCGUAUGCGAGGAGUUUGGGGUGCGAGGAUGUUGAGUUUAGUCCAGAGGAUGCCGGGAGGUCCGAUAGGGAGUUUCUUUAUCAUGUUCUGGAGGAAGUUAUUAAAGCUGGGGCUACGACUGUCAACAUUCCAGACACUGUUGGUUAUACCCUUCCUUCUGAAUUUGGAAAGUUAAUUGCGGAUAUAAAAGCCAAUACCCGUGGAAUAGAAAAUGUUAUCAUUUCAACACACUGUCAGAAUGACCUUGGACUUGCAACGGCCAAUACAUUAGCUGGCGCUUAUGCAGGGGCGAGACAACUUGAGGUGACAAUAAAUGGCAUUGGUGAAAGAGCUGGAAAUGCUUCUUUGGAGGAGGUCGUCAUGGCUAUAAAAUGUCGUAAGGAGCUAGUGGGUGGUCUUCAUACUGGGAUCAACACGAAGCAUAUUGUCAGGGCUAGCAAGAUGGUGGUAGAGUACACAGGAUUACAUGUGCAACCACAUAAAGCUAUUGUUGGAGCUAAUGCUUUUGCUCAUGAAAGUGGUAUACACCAGGAUGGAAUGCUUAAAUUUAAGGGUACAUAUGAGAUAAUCUCUCCUGAAGAUAUUGGAUUAGCUCGAGCUAAUGAAUCUGGGAUUGUACUUGGAAAGCUCAGUGGACGCCAUGCUUUGAGAUCUAGGCUUUUGGAGUUUGGAUAUGACAUAAAUGGGAAAGAACUUGAUGAUAUUUUCAAGCGUUUCAAAGAAGUUGCAGAAAAGAAAAAGCAUGUAACUGAUGAUGACAUCGAAGCCCUUAUUUCUGAUGAGAUAUUCCAGCCUCAAGUUGUAUGGUCCCUGGGUGAUUUACAGGUUACUUGUGGAACACUUGGUCUUUCUACAGCAACAGUUAAACUUAUUACUUCAGAUGGGGAGGAGAAGAUUGAAUGCUCAAUUGGAACAGGACCUGUCGAUGCUGCCUACAAAGCUGUUGACAAUAUAGUCCAGAUACCGGUAACUCUUCAGGAGUACUCAAUGAAUGCGGUCACUGAAGGUAUUGAUGCUAUUGCCACCACAAGAGUUGUAAUUCGUGGAGAUGACAGGCCCACAACCACAAAUGCCUCAACAGGAGAAACAGUCCAACGAACUUUCAGUGGAAGCGGUGCAGGGAUGGAUAUUGUUGUCUCCAGUGUUCGGGCAUAUAUCAGCGCUCUAAACAAAAUGUUGGGUUUCCAAGACUUCUCUGCACAUAAGGUUGCCGCAGGUCAGACCUCUCAGAGUUCCCAGUAAACCAAACUCAGAAAGAUGAUUGGGAACUUACAUUGUCGUGAAAAGGUUUGUGCUUGUUUAUCUAUCGUUUAAAUCUUUCUAGUAUGAAAUUUCGGACUAAAUGUAUGUCAGAGGUUGGUUUUGAUGUUUCAGGUUUUCUAAUGUAUUUCUAGUUUGUUUUGCUGUAUUCUGCCGAAUCGACGAAGUAGAUUUCAUGUAAGAUUACAAACUUUCCAGUGAAGUGAAUAAAUUAAGUUUGCAAAAUAUUUUCUUCAGCA